AUGCAGAAGCCCUUCAACGCCGAAGGGUUAGACUUGACCUUCCUGUUCGAUUCUAAUUAUCCUGAACGGACCAUCACUGAAGCCAACAACUCGGCAGCUACUUCCAUUGCCAUGCCAGGCUUCACAACGGAGCAUACUUCUCCCGAUCUUGGCUACGGGACUCAGUCGUCGACUCUCCACAACCAGCUCAGUCCCACUGAACUCAUCAAGCCAUCGGCACUAGGGUCUCGAACUAGUCCAAAUGAUCGCGGCACAAAACAAGCCUUUCAGCCAAAUGGUGCACAUCUUUCGAUCGAGAAUGCAAGAAGUCAGGGAGUUUUUUCACCUUCAAGCGUUAACAGCGUUCUGGCAAAGCGCAAGGCCACUGCACUUGACGAGGAAAAAGAACCCUUCUCAGAUCCAGACAGGCAGCGAUAUAGCACGGAGGUGCAAGUCAAAGAGGAGCCCACGCCAGAGAUACUACUGCAGAACUUGCAGUCAUCUUCAACAGAAGACCACGCAUCGAUGUUUCUCACGCCAGCCCCCAGUCUGUCAGAUUCGCAGCCACCUUCCUUACAAGGCCAGGCGAUGCAGCCAGAACAUCCCGAAGCAAGAAAGUCUGUUGACGAAGAACAGUAUGACGAAGAAGCUCUCAUCAAGCAAUUCGUUGCAACAGGCCAUGAAAAACAGCAUUUCACAUGCGAAAUGAAGCCAUGGGGCAAGUGGGUCACCAAAUCUUGGAGUAGUGGCGGCGUCUCUCGGCGGCCAUACGGUAAGUAG